AAAGAUAAAAUGCACAUCUUUGGUUUCCCUUUAAACGGAUAAUAAUUUUUUUUAAAAAGUAAACUAUCGAUCUUGUUUAUUUUUUAUUUAUUUCCCCCCCCCACAAAAAUAGCACAAAACAAAAUGAUUCUACAAGAGGGGGAAUUCAAAUAGGAAAAUUAAUAUAAAUCAUGACUAGUAGACAAUUAUGUCAAUCUAUACCAGAAUCUUAUCAAAUUAAUAGUAUCAAAAUUAUCUAUUUAACAUGUGCUACAAUAAUAACAACAACAUUUAUUAUAGAAUGUAUAUUAAUCCAUUUAGUUGUACAACCAUAUUUUCAUGAAUCAGCAUUUACACAUACAAAUUGUACAUUUAUACAUGCAUAUAUUGUAAGAAAAGAUGUUAAAUGUGAAAAUAAAUGUUCAAAAGAUCGUUCAAAAUUUCCAUGUUUAAAAGUGAUUGUACAAUAUUUUAAUGGAAAUAAAAAUCAUACAGUUAUAUUAUUUGAUAAUAUAGCAACAUAUAAUCAUUAUAAAUUACUUGGAAAGGGGGGUGGUUGUGAAGAUUUUCAUAAUUUAAUAGUUGAAUUUUGUGCUACAAGUGCAUGUCAUCAUCGUGAUAUGGAUAAUACUGAAUGGGUUGAAAAAUUUCAACAACGUAUAAGACAUCAAAGAAAUUUUCAAUGUUAUAUACAUGCAACACAUGAAGAUGAAGCAUUAUUGUAUAAAUUUUAUACAUUUACAUCAGUAUUUCAUGCUAUAUUUUGGCCUAUUCUAUUAUUUUUAAUAUCAAGUAUUUGUUUAUAUAUUAUUUAUUUAUUUGAUAAAUGUCAUGUAUGGACUGGUGAUCAAGAUGUAAUUGUUUAAUGCCAAUUCAAUUAUUGAUUGAAUUAUUUUUCUUUUUCUUUUCUUUUCUUUUUUUGGCUGUUGAUAAGAUACACACACACACACACCUAAAGUAACAUGAGAUUAAACUAUAAUUUUAAGAUUAACAUAUUUUUCUCUUGUUUCUUUGUUGUUGUCAUUGUUAAUUUUCUUUUUUUGUUUGUUUGUAAAUAAACAUUAUUAUUAAAUUCA